GUCAGGACUCCGACUCAGUCAGCGGCCCCCGCCGUCAUCGAAAGGUCAGUGACAGGUCCACCUCUUCUUAUCUUAUUUCCUGCUAAUCAGCCGCCGCCUCAGUAUGACAGAUAACGAAGACCCGAACAGCAUGGCGCCGCAAGAGCCGAAGAAUUACCUGGGAUUCGAUUUCAGCACGCAGCAGUUGAAAGCAAUUGUUGUGAAUGAUCGUCUAGAGGUUUUGCAGGAAGCUGCCGUCCAAUUUGACAAUGACUUACCAGAAUACAGAACCCAUGGUGGUGUUAACGUUGGAGAUGACAACGUGACUGUAACAGCUCCUUCGAUCAUGUGGGUUAAGGCCUUAGACAUGCUUAUGGACAAACUUCGGGUUGCUGGAGCUGAUUUCUCAUCCAUUGCUGCUCUCUCUGGCACUGGACAGCAACAUGGUAGUGUAUACUGGAGGAAAGGUUCCAGCAAACUGCUCGAAGAUUUGCAGCCAGAGCGAUUUCUUCACGAUCAGUUGGCCAUGGCUUUCAGCAUUACAGAUUCCCCCAUUUGGAUGGACUCUUCCACCACUCCUCAGUGUAGAGAGCUGGAGGAAAAAGUUGGUGGUGCUCAGAAACUGUCAGACAUCACCGGCUCACGGGCAUAUGAGAGAUUCACAGGAAACCAGAUUGCUAAGAUAUACCAGAAACGGAAAGAGGCCUAUAACUGCACUGAGAGAAUCUCUUUAGUCAGCAGCUUUGCUUGUUCGAUCUUCCUUGGUAAAUAUGCACCAAUUGAUUAUGCUGAUGGAUCUGGAAUGAACCUUUUGGAUAUAAAUACCAAGACCUGGUCCCAAGCUUGUUUGGAUGCAUGUGCCCCUGAUCUUGCAGAGAAACUCGGCCAGCCUGUUCCUGCUUGUGAGAAGCUCGGUACAAUUGCUUCAUAUUUUGUUGACCGCUAUAGCUUUAAUCCAGACUGUGCUGUGAUAGCCUUCACUGGGGAUAAUCCUGCGUCCUUAGCUGGAAUGUGUCUGGAGAAGGGCGAUGUUGCUGUUAGCCUGGGCACUAGUGACACAGUAUUUCUUUGGCUCGACACCCCAACGCCUAAACUAGAAGGGCAUGUCUUUGUGAAUCCAGUGAACAGUAAAGCUUACAUGGCUCUCUUAUGCUUCAAGAAUGGAUCACUAACAAGAGAAAAAAUAAGAGAUGAAAAUGCAGAUGGUUCAUGGGACAUCUUCAACCAGUUGUUAGAUAUGACCCAACGAGGAAAUUUCGGCAACAUAGGUAUGUAUUACCAUAAGCCAGAGAUUACUCCCGAGUUGGAGGGGAUCUUUCGAUUCAAUAAGGCAGAUGAAGCAGUCUCUCGUUAUACAAGUCGAGAAGUAGAAGUUCGGGCACUGGUCGAGGGACAGUUUUUAGCCAAGCGUGUUCAUGCAGAGAACUUGGGUUACAAUACAGGUAGCAGCUCUCGGGUUUUGGCUACAGGAGGAGCUUCCAAUAACAAGAGCCUCCUGCAGGUCUUGGCAGACGUCUUCAACACUCCUGUGUACACAAUGGAAAUAGCCAAUUCAGCCUGCCUUGGUUGUGCCUAUAGAGCCAAACACGGACUCCUAGGAGGUCAGUACGAGAAGGUGAUUAAAGGUCCAGAAUUCAAACUUGCCUGCAAACCAAACAAUGAUGCAGAUAAGGUGUACACAGCCAUGGUGGAUCGUUUUCAUGAAUUAGAAACCUCACUGUUGGCAUCCAAAAAGACUGACUAAAGUCUUUUUGUUUCCAUAAUGCAUUAUGAGGCAGGCAGCUUUAGUACUUUUUCCAGAUUUCUUUAGUAGAUGGUUGUUAAUAUAAAGAAUCAGAGAUUCUUAGAAAUUGAAAUAUUGGUUGUGUUUUUUUUGUAAAUCUAUUAAUGUUUUAAGAUUAUUUUUAUAUUGUUGAAAAGCCAAGUUCUUUAUGAGGCAAGCAGCUUUACUUUUUCCAGAUAUCUUUAAUAAAUGGUUGUUAAUUUAUAAAAAGCAUGAGAUUUUUAUAAAGAAUCGUAGAUUCUUAUAACAUGAAAUAUUUAAUGUAUUUUACAAUAUUUUUUUAUAUUCUUCAAAGCAGCAAUCCACUUUUACCGUGCAUUAGUGGGGAAAAUUUUCUGAUUGAUGUAUAUUAUGUUGAUCAUAUACGCAGUUACGUAGUUUAGGUCCGAAAGAUUAUUUUCAUAUCAUGAUGAAGAAUUGACUUCUCAUGAUCCCAGUUCAGAUGCUUUCCUUAACUGAUGUGUACUUUUUGCUUCUAAAACAUAAAAUGUUGCCUGUUGUAUUCAUAGGUAGCUAGUCAAUAUUUGCUGGUCAAAACUGAAUUUGUUACUCUAAUCUUCUUAAAAUACUAACAUUUAUAUUCUUUAAUGUUUAUCUGCUGGGUUUUUUUGCAUUUAGGUAGAAGAAAAAUACCUCAUCAGAUGUUAACAUGUUAAACAUUCCCGUUACAUAGCAUUCCAGCUAUUUUGCUUUUCCAAAGUUUAGGAACCUGACAGAGGCCGACCAUUUACUUGUUGUUUUGUGCGUUUGCUUCCUGUUUGUGGCUGCAUACUUACUAGGCAGACAGUUGGACCAAGGGGAAGUUGUCAGAUGUAUUUUCACUAGUUAAUGAAAACUGCAUAUAGCAUAUGGGUAAUUUUCUGAACACCCCAUUAUCGUUUUGACAGAAUACCUGAAUGCUAGUUGGGCGUUUUGACAAUUCUGGAAAUUCUCUUCCAUUUCUUGCAGCUUCACUGUAAUUCAGGGUCAAUAAUUUAGGGAUAUUUACUGGACCAGAAAUCAAGACAUGUUAUUAACUAAGUUUUGUUUCGUAAAAGGUCCUUUUCAUUCUCCUUCUAAAGAAUUUUUCCCCCUAGGAUUUACUCUUGACAUUUCACCCCUCUGCCAAAAAAAAAAAAAAAAAAAAAAAAAAAAAAAAAUUCAAAGGUUUUUAGUACAACGUCCUUUUCAGGAAUGUAUGAAGCAUAUUGGUUUUAGCUUUAACAGCACUUUGCCUAUGGUACUCAUUCAGUUUUACAUGGCAGCCACUCGCAUCCUAUUUAUUAUAAGAAUUGAAAUGAAAGUUAUUUAGAAUAAUGAAUACGUAUUCAAAAUUAUUUACUCACAAUAUUUAUAGUUUGGAAAAUAUAAGCACAUAUUUAGCAUUUGGAGCCUCCAACAGUUGUGAGGUUAACAUUUCCAUUUUUCUUGAUGUCUUCCAGGACAUUUAAAUGCUCUAUUUCCUAAAUCUUUAUUGAUCUUUUAUACCUCAAAUUUUUAUGUUCAGAUUUGGCGUAAUACAAAAAUAAUGGUAUAGAGAGCACUGCCUUUUCCAAUUAAUCUCUCAAUACUCGUACAGAUUUGUAUAAUAAGGUGUUUUAAUCUGAUUUACAAGCAUUCGCACAAUGCAGAUGAUAAAAUAUGUCAAAGUUGCUCUACCUUCCACAAACUAUCACAGAUUAGGUAUUUUUGGUGGAUUGUGUUAUGUUCCUGAGGUGUAAUAUUUAAGGAGUUUGUUAUAUCAUCAAAAAGAUGUUAAGGAGUUUGUUAUAUUAUCAAAAAGGCAUUGUUUGCACAAAUAGUGAAUUUUAGGUGUGACUUCCAGCCAUAACAGAAAGGACUUCCAAUAUUUUUAACAAUUUCACCAAAAAUACAGCCAAAACAUGCCAAGACUGCUGUAGUUUAGCAUUUUAGAUAAAUUGUUCCAGUCUAUUGCCAUUUUGCUAUGUGUUCAUUCAUACUGCUUGAUACAUGUAAUUAAGAUUAGUAUAUUGUUGACUAAAAUGAUGUCAGGAUCACCACCAUCAUUAUAUAUCUUAUUGCCUUUUUCAUUUUCAGCAACGACACAGUUCCCUUCUGCCACACAUUUCAUAAUUAAUAUAUGGGCCUUGUUUUUGUAAUUCAUCAAGUGUUAAUGUUCAUGUCGUACAUUUAAAUUAGUAUUAUUAUUAUUCAGAAGAUGAACCCUAUUCUCAUGGGAAUUCAAACUUCCUAAGAAUAUGGUGCUCAUUCUCCGACCAUUUCGAGAUACUUCGGUCCUAAGCAAAUACUACUUCUGCAAUUUAUUUUGCAUUAAUAGAAUCCUACUAUAAUAUUGACUAUGUAAAAGUGUCCCCCAGAUCUAGGUCUUUUUGGUUAACUCACUCAUUUUUCUCAGCUUUAAUGCAUUUAUAGUUGUUAAGUUAUCAUACUGUAUUAAAAAAUUUGUAAAUAAAUUUGAGCAGAAUGUUGCAUGUUCUGGACUUGGGUUAGGUUGUAACUUUGUGAUUUUGGUAUUAUUUCACUUAGUUGAGAAGGCAUUUUCACACUAAAGUAAGCCAAUGGCAUUCCCUCUACAAACAUAGCAUGAUGGAUGGUCACAGGAUUUUGGUAGUAAUACAUUAUUUUUAGUUUAUUAUGCAGAUUUUAUAACUUGAACAAAAUGACCGUGAGUCUGUCACUUCAUAAUACCUGUAUUGUCUUGUAGGACGAAGCCUCAUUGAGUGGGAUUUCUGUGGCCCAUGGUAGAAUACAAGUGUUUAGAUUAGUUCUUUCUGAAACCUCGAAUUGCAGAAGACUAAAACAGUCAGUUGGGGUCAUAAUCCCAACUUUGAUCGCUUUCAGUUUUCAGGGCCUUGGAUGUGGUGCUAGGUUAUUUUGUAAACUCAGAAUAUUUAAAUAGUGUAUGGUGCAUUUGUCAAGCUCAAGAAAGCUUGGUAUUCUACCAUUUGCUGCAGGUGUCCACAUUAAGAAUAGGUGAUAAUUUCCUUCAUCCCUAGUUUUCUAUUUUGUUAUCAGCAUUUUGAUUUUCAAAGGGUUAUACUUGUGGUGAAUUCUCCCCAUUUUUCUUUGUCUACCUUACAUUAAUAUCUUAAGAUAUCCAAUACUCCUUGUCAUAGUCAGAAUUCAGAGGAAUAUGACAAAUUUGAAGACAUGGAAAAUUACACAAAAAGGUUCAAAAAUUAUAAAAUUUUAUGUUUCAUUUACUUGUACUACUCUUGAACAGGGAUUUUGUUUUGUAGUCAGCAUCCUAAUUUUAAUGCUUAUACAAGCGGAGAUUUAACAAAUUUCAACACUUCUACUUAUUAUCAGUAUUAUUAUUACCUUAUUCCCAAGUAUUGCACAGUUCUGCAGUGGAAAAAGUUAAUGUAAGGUUACUUUAGUUGUAUAAAGUUUGAGAUUAAAAAUUGUAUAACACCUCAGAUUCUUAUAUCAGACUCAAAGCUUUUGAAGUUGAUUUAUUAAAAAAUAUUCCUGUGCACAACAGAUUAAAUAUUCAUAUACAUUUUUAAAGGCUGGCACAAAUUGUAAUUUUUUCAAAAUAAUUUAUUAGUAUGUCAGAUCACAGCUCAUGUAGGCAUUAAAGGAAAUGAGGAUGCUGGUCAGUAGGCAGAGCUGCUACUACUCUGACCAGAUCAGAUACAUGUAUUCAUUCCAGGAAAAAAAAAUUAACAUUGAAGUAACAUUACCUUGUCUUCAUAAUUGGUCACACUUGUUUGACGCAUGUGCAUUUAAUAAAUAGACCAUAUGACACAGGCUCAGAGCUACUUAGGGUUUAGCAUAUUUAUCUUACUGCUCAGUUUUCAGCCCACAACGAAUGUGUAUAGAGACAAAUCCUUUAAAGAAAUUUUGUCAGAAUCUUGACAUUUCAAAUGUCAUAAAAUGUCUAAGUAUUAGAAAGACAUUAAUAUAUGAAGCUUUCAGGCAAAUACGAAGAGACGAAGAGAUUUGAGAAUGUUAACAAUGUGGUUUGUACUAUCACUAAAUUUAUAGAUUCUGGUACAUUCACUGUCUUUGUUACUUUACAAUGUCUACAAAUGGAACUAGGUCAUAUCAUGGUGGGCUGCUACUGUGGUCCUAAAGACAAUGGUUUACUGGUAGGAGUAAGUAUAAAAAUCUAAAAAGUAACAUGUGCUUUUCCGAUAUACAAACCAGACUGUUUUCUUUUAAAUCCUACCCGAUCAACCUCAUAGUAUCUCUGAUGCCGAAGAAAGACAGACCGAUCUUUCAUCAUAAAUGAUUAGUUUAUGAGACCACUGAGCCUAAAACCGUCGACACGGCUGAGCUUUGCUCGAUGUGAUGUCAGAAGCAGGAAGUCGGUACGUACCUCAUCCGCCGUUUCUCUACUUCUGACGUCACAUCGAGCAAAGCUCCUUCUCAUACUGGUUAGGUAACCCUUGUUAGCAAUUUAUGACUACCAUUUGCAGGUUGCACUGAAGAACAUUCCAACAUGAAAGGCUUUGGUUUGUAUAAUUAGCAAAAUUAAAAUUUAAGUUUACUACUAUCAUAUGACAUUUAUUGAGCUUAUAACAAGGAAACACGGUAGUCUAAAGUUUCAUGAAUUCGUACUGUGGUUGCAAGUUUUAUCCCUGAUAAUUGAUCAUAUUAUUGUAGUAUCAAGUGUUUAGUUUAUCAAGGUUGUAUGUUGAAAUAUUCUUGAGCCAUCUAGAGUUGAUUUUAAAAAAGGUUGUAUGUUGAAAUAAUCUUGGGCCAUCUAGAGUUGACUUAAAACUAGUCUAAAAAGUACUUACUCUGGUAAUAAUGAACCAUUAAGAUUGAGAAGUCUCAUUCUAUUUAAUUGUUAGAAUUAUCUUGGAGAAAUGAACUUCAAUAGGUUGACUCAAUGAGAAAAAUGUUUAAACUUUACAUAUGCUUAAAAGGUUUUAUCAAUAAUGCACUGCCUUACUGUACCUUACCCAUUGCUAGUGUGCCUUAGCAAUGCCUUCUUUGUAGCAUUUAGUUAAUGGUGCCUUGAUAAUGUGCUAUUACUGUAAACUUUAGAUUGUUGUAUCGGCCUAAGUAAUUUAAUCUUGUGCUUGUUGCAGCAAGUGAGCAAGAUAAACUACAAGGCUGCAAGCACUUGAUGUUUGCAGGAAAUAUACUCUUACAUAUUAUAAUGUUAGAUAUUUUAUAUUAAAAUAAAUAUCUGCUUUACCAAGCUUUAAUUUUGCAAUUUAAUGCAUUUUAAAUUUUACCCGUGUAGUCCUUGGGAGGACUACUGUUGUAUAUUUCACAAACUUAUUUGUAAAGGGCCUUCAGAUAAGAGAAAUUGUACAAUGUCAAACUGUCACAUUUAGCAGAGAGGUUGUGUACCCAUUUCCACUUCAAUUGAUUUCCAUGGUUUAUUGUACAAUGUUAUCUGUUAAGGAAACUUUUCUAGUUUACUAAAUUUCCUCAAAAUUUAAGGUUAAAAUAACAUAUUUGAUUACACUUAUCAGAUAAUCAGUAUUGGAAUUUAAUUCCAAAUUAUAAAAAAUUUGGGAAUAGUCUUAACUUCUCUGGUGCCUGUGAAAUAUUGUUUGUAAGGCUCAAUGUAGUAGCAGCAGUUUGUGGCUGGUCACAACUAAAAACAGUACUCUCCAAAUACUGCUACAGCCAGUUUUCAUAGUAACAACUUUGUAACAGAUUUUAUGAAUGGCUUAACUAGACGACUACUAUGCAAUUUCAAGUGUAAGAAUAAUUACAUGGAAAUAAAAAUUUAUAACUUU